AUGACUCUCGCCGUCGAUCUCCUCAACCCCUCUAAUGAGCUCGAGAAGCGCCAACACAAACUGAAGCGCUUAGUGCAAUCUCCCAAUUCCUACUUCAUGGAUGUAAAAUGCCCUGGCUGCUUCGCUAUCACAACUGUCUUCUCUCAUGCCCACACCGUUGUUCUCUGUGGGUCGUGUGCGAGUGUCCUUUGCCAACCCACUGGUGGUAAGGCUCGUCUGACCGAGGGCUGCUCAUUCCGUCGGAAAAACUAA